GACAGAUAUUAGGACCAGUCUAAUGAAGCUAAAACAGGCCAAGGUGUCCAUUGGACAGGCUUAGUUUCCCAAAUUAGCUUUGUUAUCUGAUAUUUAAGGCCACUUGGUCACCUGUUAUUCGACUGAGCAGCCUGACUACUGGAGUUAAGACUCUGUUUCCAGAAACUUCGAGAUGUUGUCUCGCGCAUUUAUGCUGCUCCUGGUCGCGUGCAUCCAGCGCACGUGCCAGAACAACUCUGAACCGUUAACGGCUGAACUUCCUCUCACAAAAGAAGACCAACGUUUUUGCAGUGGAGAGUUAGAGUUAAAUUAUCCAGAUGUGGACAUUCGUUCCUGCAUGAUCAUCCCUCAGGAGUUCAGAGAGAAGAUCAGUCGAGAAUGGGGACCUCCACAGGUUCGGCUGGCCACGGCUAACACGAAGAAAUACAUGUUGAUGAUGGUGGACCCUGAUGCCCCCAGCCGUACUAACCCCGCUCGAGCGCACUGGAGGCACUGGCUGCUGGCUGAUAUUGAAGGAAGCUCACUCAGAGCAGGAGACAUUAAAGGCACUUUGCUAUCUGAGUACACUCGUCCUACACCUCCUAAGCACACUGGCUUUCACCGUUACCAGUUCCUUCUGUACGAGCAGCCCACAGGCCAGGUGCUGUCUCUUAGCCAACAGGAACAGAGCUCACUGGGAAACUGGGAUCCUCCAUCCUUUGUGGAGAAGUUUGGACUUGUUGGUCCGGUCGCAUCGCUCCAGUUCCUUACUCAGCACUUUAAAGAUUAGAUGACACCACACACCUGAAUCAUUACUUACACCCUAUGCAACUAUUCUACCAUCAGGGAAGCUCAAUAAAACAAAAAAUUUUAAUUGUUUUUCUCCCACAUUAACAUAGUUAAUGUAUUUGCUUCACGUUGUUGGGAUUUAUUACUUGAUGAACAAUCAAAACUGUAUUUUAGGAUAUUUAAUCUGCCGUGAGAUUUUAAAACUGUACCUGCAUCCUUAAAAGCAUGUUGACAAAACUUGGUCCUUGGUCUCAUCACUUCCUUGGAGAGUGUGUGAGCAGGCUAUGUAAUAAUCAAAAAUGUGGAAACUACACAACCACAAAAUGUAUUUAUACACAAUUCUGAGGCAGUUUAUUUAACACUUAUUUGCAUGCAGUACUAAUAAUAUAAGAGGCUGAGUAUUCUCACACACACACACACACACACAUAAACUUUUUUUUAAACUAUUCUGCCACUCUUGCAUAAUCCACCCCUCACUUCCAGGCCACUGCAGCAGUGCAUUCCUGCUUUCUUGGCAGUUAAGCUCCUCCGGCUGCAUUCAGCAGUGCUGCCUCGUGCUCUGGUUUGGGGCUUUUCCGCUCUGGGGAUUUCAGGUUUGUGUUUGAGACAUCCAAACAGAGAAAUAAAUGGCUCGAGGAACGGGUGAGAACGAUGAAUAGUGGCUACUAGCACACUUUGGAGAGGGUGUGUGGAAAUAUCUGAGUUGGAGAGGAAGUACGUCAGGACCAAUAGAGGAAGAAGGGGGUUGAAACCAACACCACAACUCAGCCGGAAGCCACAGUGGAACUAUGACUAAAAUACUCUCACAGCUACUUUCGGCCAGACGGUCCUAGGAGGGCAGGAGGGGCACAAGUUCACAUCUUUUUUAACCAGUAUGGUGAUAUGUUGUGUUUUUUUCGUAAUGGGAGAGAGAAGUGUCGUAUUUGUGAAUGUGACAGGCAAGUUUCCACUGUGCAGUUUCAGUCUUACAUGGCUGAGUAAUUUUAUGUUUAUAUUCGGCAACAAAUUUACAUGAAGCACUAUUUCAAGGAGAAUUUGUCUAAUAAUGUAGUGUCACUUCAUAUCGGCAGAUGCAAAGGUUUCCAAACUGUCUGGACUAUUUUUACAACAUUAAUACAGACGGAUUGCUUUUUUCACAUCUGUCCCUGUACAUGUCGUUCUCUUACAGAAGAUUAUAGAUUUCUCAUUUACAAAAGAUAAAGAUGAUUUCCCAACCAACUUCUUAAAUGUUAAAUAGUCCAUCACAUUAUUUCGCUUUUCUUGUUCAAUGCUUUUUCACUAAAAAAAAAAAACCUGUACAUUCAGAUCACUAGCAUCGAUGACCUCAUGCAUCACCUCUAUCAGCUUGAUUUUUUUUAAAUCAAUUUGUGUUGGCUUACAGCAAGCACCAGCUUGUUAACGCAGAAUAUGUACUAAAUAUUAGCAUAACACCAAUGCGUGUAAGGGUUUAACUCGAAGGUGGGCGUGGAUUGCGCAUGUCCAUCUCUGUAGUCUAUCUAGGAACGUAAUUGUUUGACUGUUAUGUAAGGAAUAAACUUGGGAGCGUACUGUUUUAGGAAAGUAAUCAAUGAUGGAGUUACUGUUGUCAACACAAAGUCGAUUAUUUUGCAAUAACAGCACAUCCCAAAGUGCUUAAUUCCUAUUCUACCAGAACAAUUUGCCAAUUAUUACAUUUUUUAAUCUUUUUAUUAAUUAAAGAAUGACAUUCUUUUUUUAUCCAUUCAUAGUUACAUGUGGAACACCCCCAAAACAAGUUAGUUCCUGUUGUCACUUAUAUUGUAGCAGCUGUUCCCUCACCAGCCUCACAUUUUCUCUCUCUCUCUUAAAAUUAAUAAGACAGAAAUACAGCUACAGCUUUAUCUCAGCUUUACUCCGGAGACUCCUUCCACAAGUGGUAAAUAAACAUCUCCUCACCAUAUCUGUUUAAAAUCUGUUUGUAUGGAGCAUCCACCAUACAGGUCCCUGUGAAGUCUCAUAUUAGACCGAGCACAUUAAUAUAAACCUAGAGCUGUUGCUAAAGAAAAUCGAUCAACAUCAUCAUUCUGACCAAUCAGAAUUGAGAAUUCAACAUUGUGAAUGUGGUGAAAACAAAAGAUGAUAUUAACAAUUGCCUUUCAUAUUGUUAAAAUGCAUUUAUAUACAAAAACCUUCUGUAGUUUAAACUCAUAUUUUCUCACAAAGCUCUCUUCUCCGUGUGUAAAAAAAAAAAAAAGAAAAAGAGCAUAGCUGGAAAUGGAUUAUUGGUUUCCAUUCUGCUGAUCUGUCUCAGAGGAGCAUUGUUAUCAAUACUGCACAUGUUUGGAAACAAAGAGCUGGAUUUGGAAAAGCAACUUUGAUGUGCUGAUGAUAAUUCAGGUUAGUGGUGUGAUUGACUUGGUAUUGUACACGCAUAGACACACGGUUCCCCCCAGCUGCAUAGCACAUGUACACUUGAUCAUGCAAAUGUAUAUAGAUAUAUCAGAUUCCCUUUUUGUCUUUGUUCCUCUGCCAGUCUUUAGUGAGGAUCUUCGUGGCCUCAUUGUGAACUCAAGACAUGAAUUAGCUUGGUUUGGUUUAGUUCUCAGACACAAGUAGUCAACCCCACAAUUCUACACCACACAAGCAUACACUCAUCUUUGUUUUCCUUUGGCUCAGUUCAGAGUUGUUAUUGUUGGGGGAUUGUGAGUUCAAAUCCUGACAAUGCCCCGGCCAGCCAUGACCGGGACUCUAAAAGAGCAGAAAUGGCCAUGCUCUCUGGGUAGGACUGAGGCAUACUCUAUCUCCCAUGUCAGUCACAGUGACACUAGGCAAUCGUGGUCAUCUGUGAGCUCAUGUAUGUGGAAAAGGGCGAAUAGCGCUCGUUACGCUGCCCUGUAAUGCAGCAUGAGCAGCAGUUUGAAAAGAUGUGGUUGGCUAGCUUUAUUUUUCUCGGAGGAAGCAUGUGUUAGCCUUCACCCUCCCUGGUUGGUAGCCGUCAUAUGAUGGGAGGGCGCUGGUGGUGGGAGGGACUUGGCAGGAGGAAGUUUGUGUUGGAAUGUAGACAGAACUGACAAUAUGUUAGAUCAGGUCUAAACUUAUGUGUGUGUGUGUGUGUGUGUGUGUGUGUGUGUGUGUGUGUGUGUGUGUUUAUAUGUGUGCAUGGGCACGUUUUUAUAUCUUGGUGGGGACCAAAUGUAACCAUAAGUACCUUGUCAGGACAUUUUGUUGGUCCCCACAAGGAAUUUAAAGAAAAAAGGAUUUUUUUUUCUAAACCCUCAGAAUUUUAUUUUAAAAACCUAAAAUUAUUUCUUUUUGAUUAUUGGGGUAAAAUUUUAGGGUUUGAUUUAGGUGUAGCAUAGCAUUAAUUAUCUGCAUUAAUAAUUAUAUCAAUGGAAGGUUCUCACAACUAUAGUAAGGUGUGUGUGUGUGUGCGUGUGUGGGUUGUAUGUGCCUAUUCAAAUAAGGGGAACUUCUGCCAAACAGGUUCACUGCGUUGGCAUUCAGACCCUGACUUUAUGUCAGACUUCAUUCUUCUGCCUUGAAGCUCCUGUUUGACAGGAUUUGACCAAAUACAAUAUGUAAGCAUUAAUACUCACUGAGCAUGACAGAUUGUUUCUUUAGGCCUGGUGACAGUGGCACGGUGGCCUCUACAUUAUGAAGUGGUGGUUCAGAACCAUAGAUCUACUGGUUCCAGUGUCUCUGCUUGACCAUUCCCAAUGCCCUGCUGUCCACCUGUCACUCAUGAAGCAUGGUGAUGGCUCAAUGCUCCCACCAUCAAUGAAGAAUGGUACAAAAAUGACUGAAAGGACAAUUAAUUGUGACAUAUAUAAUGUACUAAUUAAGUAAUACAUGAUAAUUUGUACCACUGGGAGCCGAUGGUACAUUUUACGGAGCUGAUCUGUAUAGUUUAAUUAAGGUCCAGCCAUCAUGAGCAUUACUAUGACUUGACACAACUAGACCAAGUGCAUUGCACUAUGUACUGAAACACAGUGAACAGUCAAAGGUGCAAUGAAAAGUGAUGUACUCUUCAGGAACAUUGUUGUAUUUGUGUAGCAUUUUAAUAUAGGUUGCUUUAAUAGCCCUAUUAAUGUAUUUGGCUGUGGCUAUAAGUUCCAUUUACAUAUGCUGUCAGAUAAAGACUGCCUGACUGUUUUGACUUUCAAUUUUUGUAAUGCUAAAAAUGUAUAAAUAAACCAUGAAUAAAUACUCACCUGUUUGUCCAAAACAGUGGAAUAACGAAACAUUGUUCCAUUUUCAAUAUAAGUUGUAUUGAAUAUGUUUUUUUUUUUUUUUUUCAUGUAUUGGAAAUGUUUUUUUAAACAAAGGUAUUAUGUCGUAGGUCAGCCAUUGUUUAACCAUCACACAUCUUUCCAAAAUGUAUAUAAAUAAUUGUGUAAUCAAGCUUCCAGGGCUUGGCUCCGGGCAACAUUAGCAACGAGGAACAGUCAUUUGAAUUGGCCUGAAUGCAGCCUGGAAAGAAACACAACUAAUUUGAUUAUAUGCCCAUGGUGGCUUUGAAUUUUUCCGCCACCUCGCUCAACAGAUCUGUGACAGCUGAGCAAUUCCAUGGAAUCCCUGUAUGCAAAGUGAGCGGGGGGAACCCUGGUGACAAUGAUGUAACGACUGAAUGGCACAACCAUUUACACAGCAGCCACUGGAAUGGCCGGUCAUUGACUCAUAGCUCUACAAUAGAGCUAAACAUAAUGUCCUGUUUGAGGAAAUAAAAAAUGUAGCGCUUUGGUAUGUGUUGUAUGUCAUCUUUCCAU